AUGGACGGAGCGUGGGAAUUGGGGGAGGAUUGUGGUCGGAGAGAAUCAGAGGAAUUUGCUCAGGCGGUGACGUGUCGGAGAAUUGGGGGGUGGUGCCGGCCGGUAGAGGGGGAUAGAAGGGGAAAGAGAGGAAAGAGAAGAGAGAGAGGGGAGAAGAAAAGAGAUGGAAAGAGGAAAGAAAAGGAAAAGGGAGAGGGUGGAAGAGAAAAAGGGGGGGGAAGGGAGGCAAGAGGGGGAGGGAAGAAAAAGGAAGGAAGAAGAGGAGGAGGAGAGGAGGAGAAGAAGGGAGAGAAGAAAGAUGGGAAAGAACAAAGAGAGAAAAAUAGGGGGAAGGGAAGGGAAAGGAGAAAAGGGAGAAGAAGGGGGGGGGGGGGAAAAAAGAGGAAGAAGAGAGGGAAGAGGGGGCGACAAGACAGAGGAAGGGGGGAGGGGGAAGCAGGGGGGGAGAAAGAAACAGAAAGGGGAAGGAGAGAAAGGAAAGAGGGGGGGGAGAGAGGAGAGGGGGAGAAGGAGGGGAGAGAGAAGGGAGAGAGACAAGGAGGGGGGGGAAAGGAGGAGAGGGAGAGAAGAGGGAGAGGGGAAAGGAAAGAAAGAUGA